AUGGUGGUUCUUGCAUAUGGCUGCUUUUGCGGCGCAAUAAACUCCACGUUUACCAUGGUCAAGACGCCGGGCUAUUUCGUACAUCAAUGGGACAUCCGGCUGCGCGAUCUCAUUCCUACUAGUUAUCACAUCUUUGUUUUCGGCGUCUGCUACUCGUUCGUGCUCCCGCUGCUCAAGGUGUCCAUCCUGGUAGACUGGUGCCGCAUGUUCGUCCCGCACGGCUCCCUCACCAAGAACGCCUUCUGGUGGGGGUGCGUGAUUAUCGGCUUCGUGCAGAUCACCGCUGGCAUCGCCACCGCCGUCGCCCUGAACCUCCAGUGCAUCCCGCACGAGGCCAUCUGGGACUUCACCAUAACCGACGCCCAGUGCUUCAAGCUGUACAACCUCCAGGUGGCCUCGGCCAGUAUCCAGCUUGCCUCAGACAUUUGCAUCUUCCUGCUACCGCAGCGUGUGAUCUGGACGCUCAAGAUGUCAUGGCAGAAGAGGCUGGGUGUGUCGGUUAUUUUCGGGCUUGGUCUUCUUGCCUGUGUCUCAGCUGCCUUCCGGCUGGCCACGACCAUCGCGUACGGUGAAGCCAAAGAUGCCAUGUUCGCCCUCGGCCCCCUGGUAUUCUGGGCGACGGCCGAGAUGGCCUGCGGUUUCUUCAUCGUGUGCGUGCCCUGCAUACCCAAGAUCCUGCAGCAGACAGGGGUUUUGCGAAAAGUUAGGAGGGCGCUUGGCAUGCCCACCGGGCCCACCGCCGGCUCGGGCAUGCCAAACGGCGACUCCAGCGGCGCGAGCGGGCGGAACCGCAGCCGGCCCGCGGCCACUGAUGCCAACAGCACCAUGACGGGGGGUGGCGACUCGUACUACAAGCUGGAUGAGGAGAGCGUGGGCAUGGACGACCUCAAGUCGUCCGACUCGACCGAGCACCUGCGCGAUAACCACCACAACAACAAGAUCACGAGCGGCGCCGUCAUCACCCGUACCACCCAGUUCACCGUUUCCGAGGGCUUCCGGUCGACGAGCGAAGCGGACAGCAACGACGGCUCGCACUUGUACACUAAGAAACAGCGGGCCCCGUGGGUGACAUGA